GAAAACCUGUGCGCUACGUGCCGUGCUACAGGAGCCUCACGUUUUCUAUGUAAACACACAUGCAAACAGUGUGUCUCUCUUACAGAGUGACAGCUGUGUGUGACAGGCUGCAGCGGUAAAACCCCGUGAAAUAGGUCUGUGUGUCAGCGCAGCUCCGUCCGUGUAUUUCCGGGUGGUACGAGGCUGCUCCGGUACAUCCCAGCUAGCAUCAGUUGGUCCAGCCUCCGCUCUCAGUCCUGCCACAACAACAGCUACCGGAGGCCGGGACGUAAACAAAAACGACCAGUUACUGACCCAGACAGAUCUAUAAUUGAUGUAUCAUAGCUGAAAGCCAAAGCAGGGGGCAGCAGGGCGGGCAGCGGGCAGGAGUUAUGGCGGCGUCGCUUCUCUCCGAGACCGACAUCAGGCACCGGUCCAUGGCGGAGGAGGAUCCGAACGGGAAUGAGCACGGGGCGGCUGCACGCAGCGCGGCGCCUCGCUGGGGACCGCAGCACGCCGGGGCCCGGCAGCUAGCAAGGCUCUACUCUCCCGGUAAGCGGCUCCAGGAGUGGGUGUGUGUGAUUCUGUGCCUCUUCCUUUUCAUCAUCAACUUCUCCUUCCUCCUCCUGCACUUCUCCACUGUUCACAUCUUCAAGAUCAUCCUCGGCAUUGUCCUAGGAAUAGUGACGGCAGACUUCGCAUCGGGGAUGGUGCACUGGGGGGCGGACACCUGGGGAUCUGUGGACAUCCCUGUUAUUGGCAAGGCAUUUAUUCGUCCUUUCAGGGAGCACCACAUCGAUCCAACCGCCAUCACUCGCCACGACUUCAUUGAAACCAAUGGCGACAACUGUAUGAUCCCCAUCCUACCACUGGCUCACAUGGCCUACAAAUUCCUCACAUACACACCAGAGGCCUUGGCGGCGUCCUAUCCCUGGGACUGCUACGUCUUUGCCCUGGCGGUUUUUGUGACGCUUACCAAUCAGAUUCAUAAGUGGAGCCACUCCUACUUUGGCCUCCCGCGCUGGGUCACGCUGCUCCAGGACUGGCAUCUGGUGUUGCCACGGAAACAUCACCGCAUCCACCAUGUCUCGCCGCAUGAGACAUACUACUGCAUUACUACAGGUUGGUGUAACUAUCCACUGGACCAGCUGGGCUUUUGGAGACGGAUGGAGGAGUUGAUCAAACGACUCACAGGGCAGAAACCGCGAUCAGAUGACAUGGCAUGGGCAAAGAAGACCGACAGAUAAACACAAAGACACACAGAGGGAUGGACGGACAGAUGGGCUUGCAGAUGCAAACACAUAGAAACAGGCAGAUUGGGAAAAACAUACACACACACACACACACACACACACAUUUUACUCAUGUCUCCAUGCUUCUUGCUUUUUUGCUGAAGAGCAAACAUUCAAAGAAACUGUGUUAGCAAAAAAAAAAAAUUCAAAGAUGGUUUAAGUGAUUUCUGUAUUUGCUGGAGUCUGUAGUGUAACAAGCUGUGAACGUACGAGGUGAAAACAUUACUAGGUGGUAACUUUGCUGUAACAGCCAGUCAGCUUGUGGUCCUGUUUAACCAAUAAGGUGUUGUGGUGUGUAGGUGUAGGAGGUUUCUGGAGGUUGGGCUCUCCAGGAGUGACACCGCGCUGCCUGUUGCAGGCAGCUUCUUACACCACACACACAUGCACAUACGCACACAUACACACCUGCACACCAACAUUGAAAGUCAAAUUUCGUCUUUGUCUCUCCUGACUUCUUCUCGUGUGUUGUUUUCUGGCCCGUCCUACAAACAUAACACCCUCCUUACAUUCCCACAGCAGUUUCUACACACAAGAAGGUGAAAAUCUAAUGAUUGUGUGCUUUAGCUGAAACAUUUACACAGUUCUAACUCCCCCUCUUUUUGUGCCUGUGCUCAGUGACCUCCACAGGCAAGACCUUGGAAGGACAUACAUGUAAAAAAAGGUUUGAUAAAAUACUGUAGCUUCCUUUAUAACCUAUAGCACUAACAUACAUAUGUGAGCAGUCAAGUUGCAGAUGAAGACUGACGCGUGCAACUAAAUCAUGUCAUCCAGUACUGAUUAGUUUUUAACUGCACUUUCUGAUCAUCCUGCGUGUGCUUUGACAAAUCAUGGGACUUUUCUUGUGCAGCUAUUUCUCACUCAUCCUUUUGUACAGAAAGAUACUCUGAGCAGUCUAGUUUAUUUAGGAAUACGCUUCUCUAUAUACAAAAGCUUCUAAAUGAACAUAUUAACUGCAUAAAAACUAACCAGUAACAUCGUUUGACUCUUGAAGUCGUUAUAAAGAGUUUAAUGAGAAGCUAUAAUUCACUUGAGUGCUUGAUUUUGAUUUGAUUUAUGUGGUAUUUUAUACAAAUCUAUUAAAGGUCAUACAUACAUUGCACCAAACACAUAUUAAAUGACAACGCUAUGGAUAACACAAUAAAGUUAAAUGUCUAACUUAUUUCCAUUGCGGUCCCCUAAAUCCAGAUGAGUUUAGAAUUUUUAGCACGAGUGAUAAGUUAGUAAACAAGCAUUUAAUCUUUUUGCACUUUCAUGCAAAUUAAAGAGGCAGCCAGACUUAUCUGUUAUCUCUUUGUAAAGUACAUUUUUAGCAAGAAGGUGUCCACCAAAAAUAAAAACCAUGUGGUUGGAUUUCCAUCAUUCUUGACCGAUAGAGAGGGGACACAGCUGAACUUGUACCGUGGGUAUAGAGGGUUAAAGGGAUAGUUAGGAACUUUUAAAGUGGGGUUGUAUGAGGUACUUAUCAGUGUACUACCAACAGUAGAUGUCAGUCGGCACGGCCCCAGUUUGGAAAAGCAGGCUGGAGUCCACCAUGAAAGCUAAUCGGUGUACUGCAGAGGGGGCCGGCAACAAAACGUAUUUUAGCCACCUAAAAAAGUUGACAUCAAUUCAAAGUGUAUGUUAUACCUAGAAUAUUUUUACUACUUAACCAUGCUGUCAGACAGCACUUUCUGACAGGGAAUUGAAGCCAUUGUAUUGCUCUCCUCAGAGCCAGACUCAACUAAGUGAUCAAGGCAGCAGUUGACCCGCGUUCAGCGAGCUGAAAUUACUGUUUCUCUCAAUGGAGUCCGGUGGCUUUGACAAGAGCAUAGAUAGACCUCCUCGUCGGAAUGGGCUGAAAAGUAAAGCAGUGAAAAUACUAUCAAAUUAGCGUACUUUUUUUUUUAGGUGGCUAGAUUAAAUUUUGUUGCUUCCUGCAUCCACAGCACUAUAUUGCUUAGCUUCUGUGUCAGCACUCCUGCUGCCUCUCCAAACUGGGGACGUGCCGAUUGCCAUCCGUAUGUGAUACACUGACUAUGGAUAAGCACCCCAAACAACGCCUCUUCAAAAGAUCCGAACUGUUCCUAUAAGGUAGGCUAGCCCGGCUCUAGCUAAGGUAAUGAAAUUCACCUACCAGCACCUCAGCUUACUAAUUAAUACAUUAUAUUUUGUUUGUUUAAUCUGUACACCAAAUAUUUUGUUACCUUCAAACAGAGCCAGGCUGUUUUACCCUGUUUCCGCUCUUUGUGCUAAGCUAACGUAGUUGGCAUACAGUCACGAGAGUGGUGCUGUAUCAGUCUUCUCACCUAACUUUCAGCAAGAAAGUGCUUCCUUGUCAAAUCACUGGAUUCUUUCUUUGUGCAGUGUAUGUCAUCAAAAUACAAAAACUAAAAUGAAAUGGAGAAAGUCUGGCAUGAAGGUUUGGAUGAAAUGUUGAUGUUCAUCUAAAAACAUGAGUCUCUUUCCUCCAUUUUAACAUGAAGUGGCUCAGACAGAGGCAGAACCUUUUCGGCAUCAGUAGUUUCUUCCUACUGUACUCGUGCAAUGCCUGCAGACAGAAAUCAAUCCAGCAGAAGCUCAGUUUCUUGGAGGAAGCUCGUGGCUGGCCCAAAGGCUAUAAAAUGAAUCCUACAUAUGUAGUUAGCAUUAGCUUUUCACCACCACACUGGACGUCUUCUUGACACAUUCUGCAUCACUAGACGUUUUCAUUCAACUUUUAUUCAAUGUAGAACAACUGGACUGCUACCUAGAGCACAUCUUAAGAAUUUAAACUCAUAGGAAAGCUUGAAAAUCCUUUUUGUCACUUAUUUUCUCAACAGAUAGCUCUUUUUGUAAUAAUCCUGAUUCAUUGCUGGUUUCACAUCCCAAAUUCUCCAGCAGAAAAAAACCAAGGAAAUCUCGUCAGCAGUUCCACAAGAUGCUAAUUGGUGCCGCUGUCUGCCCCACUGUGCUGCAUAUUCGACUGCAACUGUAAAUACAAAACACACAACAACAAGAAAUGUGUCACAAACUUCUCGAGCUAAAUCAGAGGGAUUCAUUAAAGAAAUGCAUGGCAACAUUUUUACAUGUGAGCUGAUGUGAAAUGUAGAGGAAAAAGGGGAUUUUUUUUAAUUGCACUUGAGAGAAAAACAAAUUAUUUUUCAGCAAAAAGCUGGUAACCAAGUCGCUUAUAGAACCCAGAUCAUGUAUCUCUGUUUCAUACAACUACACAUGCACUUUAGUUGGCUGUUACUAACUCUGUACUAGAGAGUCUAGCUGCUUGACUUGUAGUUUAUUCCUAGGCUGGAAAACCCUUCAGUCACAAGAGGUCAAUAAUAACAGCACUUUAUUGUUUUACUGAGUAAAUGUCUGAAAAUGUGUCCUGCAAGCACUCGUUCACUCAUGAUUACACACAUACAGAUUGAAUCACACAUCUCACUUGUAUGCACGCACACGCGUAACAGAUCUCCUGAAUGCAGUCAUACACAGACAAACACACACAUGCUCUCUCUCUCACAUUGCGUUUUCUCUGGCUUUAUAAUUUUCUAUUUUUUUAUUAAUGGAUCAAGCCUUGUAUAGUUAAAUUUUGACGUUCCAUUUCGCAGCUCAACGCUCGCUGCUCGUCUUGCCUUAAUGUUUUUAUCUGCUCUUUGAUUUAAAUAAAGGUUUAUGAA